AGGAGGGUCCAGAGGUGCUGCUGGUGAAGGAGGAGGAGGAGGGUCUGGGGAACCCUGAGGGGACCAUAGUCAGAGAGGACAACCAGACUACACCUGAACCCACAGAGGAACCAACUGAGCAGCACAGGAUCACACAUAGUCUCACUGAGUCAGUAGACAUGGAGGCUGGGAAGCCUGAUCUGCUGCUGGUCAAAGAGGAGACAAUAGAAGACAGACCAGAGAGCAUUGACCUGCUGACUGGACUAAAGAUGGGGGAGCAAGGUGGUUGGCUGGAGGAUAACAGAGGCGACUGGGCGGCCAUAUUGGAUUACCAUACGGGUGCAGCCAAGGGCCCAGGGGACAACAUCACUGAGCAGGCCAGGACCAAAGGCGACAUAGUGGAGUCUGCAGUCCAUGAGGACCUGCUGAUAUCCGGUGUUGCUGGCUGGAAAUACUGGACCUCUGAGGUGGCUGGUCACAAACCAUGGCCCCGGAUCAGAACCGUAGAUCAGGGGCCAUCACUCUUCCUUCCAGAGUCGGAACAAGGACCGAACCACGAGGGACAGAGACUCCACCACACAAAACACAACCAGUGGACAGGGGGACUGAACAACCUCAGUCCUGGUGGUCAUCAGAGAGACAGAGCCUCAAGUCAGGGAUCCAGUCUGCAGCCCAGACCCUUCUCUUCACAGUCUCAGUGCAGGGAUGGAGCAGGGCCUGGGGCUGAUAGAGAUAGACCCUCCUGUUCCUAUGAUACAAACACCACAGUAUCCAUGAUGAACAGAGCAGGUCACCUUAGGCUUCAGCCUUCACAGAGAGUGGUGGGAGACCCCCCUGGUGGUAGUCUAUCAGGAAAUCUGUCUUCUCCUUCAGAGUCUCCUCUAAUGCCUGGUGACUGGGUUCAUAGAAAGCCUGGACCUGGGUCUAGCCUUCCUCAGUUACCUCAUGGUUACUCCACUAAUACAGACAAGGUCAGGAUGGGUGUUCACCACAAGAGGUACCUAGCCUAUAACACAGCACACAAUCCCAACAACACCCAAACAAUGGCUAGAGGUCAAGGAGGGAGCUCAAAGACUAACCAUCUGAGGGGGGUCGCACCUGCUUCUACCUCCUCUGGUGUCAUUGGGUCACAACGUGGGAGGCUGAGCGUUAGGACGGACGCCGACAAGCUUUACUCCUGCUCCACAUGUGGGAAGCGCUUCGCUGAGGCAAACUAUGUAAAGGAGCACCAGACCGUUCACACCAAGGAGAGGCCCUUUAAGUGCAAACUAUGUUACAAGAGCUUCUCCUUCCGGAGUAGCCUUAUCAGACAUAGGAGUGUCCACAAUGUGGAGAAAUCGGAGCAGUGUGGCUAGAGAGGGCUCCCGAGUGGCGCAGCGGUCUAAAGCAUUGCAUCUCAGUGCUAGAGGCAUCACUACAGAC